CGCCGGCACCAUACAUGAACGGUCACGACACGACAGGUGCUACCGCGUCUUCGGCUCUUGAUGAAUGGGCCAAGGAAGAGGAGGAAGAGGAGGAGGCCGAAGUGGAGGAAGAUGCGUGGGACCUCGCCCCCGAUGCUGACGAGCUUGAGCCAGAAGAAGAGGAGGAGGAGGAACUUCCAGAGGAGGAGGUUGAGCUUGGAGCAGGCGCCGCACCUGGUAUCAGCGAGACGGAACUUUGGACGCGCAACUCGCCGUUCGCUGGUGAUCACAUUGCGGCCGGUUCGUUUGACACGGCUAUGCAGUUACUGAGUAGACAGUUCGGUGUGGUCAACUUCGUGCACCUCAAGCCGCUCUUCCUCUCCACCUAUCGCUCAGCGCACGUCUAUCUUUCGCCUCUCGCAUCAUUGCCUCCCUUGCAGCUGCAUUUGAGGCGCAACCCGCAAGAAUCGUCUUCGAGCAGAGUGCUGCCUGUCGCUGUCAAAACGCUCGCCGCGUUACGCGCAGAAAUUACCGAGGGGUGCCGACUACUUUCUGGUGCAAAACUGCCGGAAGCGCAGGACGCUUUCCGCUCUGUACUACGCGAGCUUCUGCUCGUACCGAUCGCCUCCGACGAAGACGCUAAACUCUGGCGGGACAUGGUCACCAUGUCCAAGGAGUACCUCCUGGGUGUGAGCUUGGAAGUGGAGCGCAGACGAGUCACCAAGGACGAGCCAGACAACGUUCGGCGAAGCCUGGAGCUCGCGGCGUACUUCACGCACUGUAAGCUCGCGCCACCACAUCUGCAGAUCGCGCUGCGCAGUGCCAUUGGCGUCUUCGCGAAAGCGAACAACCACGUCACCGCAGCAAGGUUCGCCCGACGACUGUUGGAGCUCAACCCUGAUCCCAAAAUUGUAGCGCAGGCUCGCCAACGGAUUGCGGCUGGUGACCGUAACCCGCGUGACGCCGUGGAGAUAUCCUACGACGAAUUCACUGAAUUCGAGAUCUGCGCCGCAAGCUACACGCCCAUCUACAAGGGCUCGUCGUCUGUGCGGUGUCCGUAUACCAACGCCGCAUACCUUCCUGCGUUCAGCGGCAAACUCGACCCUCUCACCGGGCUCACGGAAAUUGGCGCCGCGUCUUCCGGACUACCUCCUCCUCGGUCAUAGUGGCACCCACCUGCAUUCGUACGCGUAUCUUGACUUCGCACCACACUUGGACCAGUACAGCUGAAUAAAGAGUAUAUCUUAGUAAGGGCGGGUGCGCUCGACCGUGUCUCAAUGUACAGGAAGGUCCGUCCUCUAAUAUUAUGUUCUGUGGUCCAUCAACUGUCCAGCAUUCAAGACCACUUUCGAUGAGUGAUGCUUCCGCACAUACUUGACUAGCAUUACUGGGAUCAUAACAGCCACGCUGUACUGUUCCACACUAUUCCAGGUCCUAUCGAGGAAUCCGUCAUAAGGAACACAGGCUUCGCGGGUGGCCGACGCGUCCUAGAUAUAUCUAAUUCGCAAGCCAGACAGGUAAAUCGCACGGGGCUGUGAUGACAGUCUCAGGGCAGUGAGUAUCCGG